UUGAACAAAAUGCAGGGAAAUAGCUGUUCUAUUGCUGACGCUGUUGAAAUUGGGAAGGAACUGAGUGAGAUCUUAAAAAGAGAAAUAUGCAAUGACAGAAUUAAAUCACAAGCCUUAAAAAAAACUAAUGGGUCAAGCACUAUUCACAACACUUGGUACCAGGGUCAAGCCUUAACUGUUGAAGAAGAGGAGUUGGCUAUGACAUGGACAUCCAGCAAUCAUCCCUCUGUAAUGCCAACUAUAAUAAACUUCAGUGCUAAGGGUGCCAGUGAAAGUGUGGGGAAACAUAUGCUUGAAGCAUGCAACAAUAAUCUAGAGAUGGCUGUCACUAUGUUUCUGGAUGGUGGAGGCAUAGCAGAGGAGCCCAGUACCAGUUCAGCAGCAGUGUCAACUGUCCGACCAGAUACCGAGGAUGAAGUACGAGCACCAAUUCCACAAAAGCAGGAAAUUUUGGUAGAGCCGGAGCCCUUGUUUGGAGCUCCUAAACGACGCAGACCUGCCCGUUCAAUAUUUGAUGGUUUUCGGGAUUUUCAAACAGAAACCAUUCGACAGGAGCAGGAGCUGCGGAAUGGAGGUGCAAUAGAUAAGAAACUCACUACCCUUGCAGACCUCUUCAGGCCUCCCAUCGAUCUGAUGCACAAAGGCAGCUUUGAAACGGCCAAAGAGUGUGGUCAGAUGCAGAAUAAAUGGCUCAUGAUUAACAUCCAGAAUGUGCAGGACUUUGCAUGUCAGUGUCUCAACCGUGACGUCUGGAGCAAUGAGGCUGUGAAGAACAUUAUCCGGGAGCAUUUCAUUUUUUGGCAGGUAUACCAUGACAGUGAGGAAGGACAGAGAUACAUACAGUUUUAUAAACUGGCAGAUUUCCCUUAUGUCUCCAUUCUGGACCCCAGGACAGUUGCUAAGCAAAAAUCUCUUGAGGGUCCCCUCAGUGAAAUGAGGUCCAAUGUUCCUGUGUGUUCCGUAGGCCAGAAAUUAGUGGAGUGGCACCAACUGGAUGUAACUUCUUUCUUGGACCAAGUGACUGGUUUCCUGGGUGAGCAUGGGCAACUGGAUGGACAUUCUACCAGCCCUCCCCAAAAAUGUUCCCGCUCUGAGAGCCUCAUUGAUGCUAGUGAGGAUAGUCAGAUGGAAGCUGCCAUCAGGGCCUCCCUGCAGGAGACGCAUUUUGAUUCCUCCCAGGUCAAACAGGACAGCCGAUCAGAUGAGGAGUCUGAAUCUGAGCUUUUCUCUGGAAGUGAGGAAUUUAUUUCUGUUUGUGGCUCUGAUGAUGAUGAUGAGUCCGAGAAUCCUGCCAAGUCUAGGAAGUCUCCACACAAGGACUUAGGGUGUAGGAAAGAGGAGAGCCGGAGGCCUCCGCCUGAGCCCCCCACAAGGACUGAGCCUGGAACAACAUCAAACCAUCGAGUAGUGUCCAGCAUUGAUGCUGAGAUACUAGAGGAAUCAGCUGACAAGCCUGACAGUGCAGUGGAGGGAUUGGAUGUGAAUGGACCGAAGGCACAGCUGAUGCUAAGGUAUCCAGAUGGAAAGAGGGAACAAAUUUCACUGCCUGAACAAGCUAAACUUCUGGCUCUCGUGAAGCAUGUCCAGUCAAAAGGAUACCCUAAUGAACGUUUUGAACUUCUCACCAACUUCCCUCGAAGGAAGCUUUCUCACCUGGACUAUGACAUCACAUUGCAGGAGGCUGGCCUGUGCCCUCAAGAGACUGUCUUUGUGCAGGAAAGGAAUUAGCACAAUGGCCUGAGCUCUCCCAGCCUCCCUCCCCUCCUCCUCUUUGCCUGUGAUACCAACGCACUAAAUAUGCAGCUGGGCUCAUGGGAUCACCGAGCUGAAAUCAGGCAGGCAGGCAUUUGCCACAUCUCCCUCUUCUUCCUUUCUCCUAGUCUUGUGACCAAAUGAAAAUGCUAAGAUAUGAGCUUUCCCAGUUUUGGGCUUGGAAAAAUCAUGCUCUAAUUGUGGAGAAACAUGCCUCCUACAACUGCACAUCCCUUUCUCCGAAUAAAAGGGUAGUCUGUGCAUCCAACAUGCUGGGGUUAGGGAUGGCCAUAACAAACAGAUAUUUCUCACCGCUACCCCUAAAAAAAAAAUCUAUUUUGUUAAUAUAUUUUAUUUUUAUUGAGAAAUACCAUGUGACUAGGCACUGAGUUGUCUCCCUACACAGAGAAAUUGUAAUUUGCAGUAGAGUUUUUCUUGGUUUUGGUUUUCUACACAAAAGGUCUUCAUUAACCUUACAGCCAUGUGAGGAUCCCUUUUCAUGUCCUUUGCAGAAUACUGAUUUGCUGAAAGGAUGUGGUGUGAGCUAUGUUUAACAAUUCAGGCUGGGCUUGGUAGAUUACACAUGCAUAUUUUUCCCUCUUUUCCUGCUGAUGAGGUGACAUCUUGUUUUAAGUGAGGGUUGACCUGCCAGGGGAUUUGGCAAAUAUUUAGCAUGCCUGAUAUGGGAAUUGGAUGCUUGGUCUGGAGCUGAAACCUCCUGUUUUCAUAGUUAGAACUUACCUCCAGAAUCUAUUCUCUUAUUCCAAAAUGUGGCCUCUUUGUUGUCAGGACUUUAUUGGUGGUGGGAUAUUGUAAGAAUCUCAAACUUUCUGUAAAACUUUUGCCAUCGUACAACUUAAAAACUAAUUUGAUUCUUUGUUUCCUAGGUAAUUCACUUUCUUGGGGCAAUAGGGCUUUCACAAAGCAGUCAGGCUAUAAGAUAAGAAAAGUAGGUUCUAGUGCUGAGGUUCCUUUUAUUAUAAAUUAUAUAUAUAUAUAAAAAAACCUGUCAUCCCACUAAUUUAGAAUGAUCAUUUUAUUGGCUCACAUCAUCAGGGUGACUUGAACUCUCUGGGCUAUUUGAGAGCCUGUUAUCCCACUUCCCAGUUGGAACUGCAGUGAAAUAUAUAGAAUUGUAUCUGUAACAAAAGUUUUAUAAGUUGUGUAAAGCAACAGUAACUAACUUGUGUCAGUAUGAUUUGGGCUUUAUAUCUCUCAAAGCUAUAAAAACUGUCAGUGUAAGCCAUACAUACAUUAUGACUAAGGAAUCAGUUAACCAAACAUACAAUGCAACGUACAGUGCAGCCAAGUAGCUUUUUGCACCAUGUACUCUUUGUCCCCAGAUACUUUACCCUGAGUCUGAGCCCAACUGUGUUCAAGGAUUUACAGAAGACUGCAGUGAGACAAAACCAUUUCAUUGCUAACUCAUCCUUUUACAGACACCAGUUCUGAUGCAGGGUGUUCUUUUGUAACUGAUAGUUUGUGUUAGCAUAUUCUGCAUUUGUGGCGGAAAACAAGCUGCUUCACGUUGGACAUAAAAAUAUAGGGUUAACUUGAGAAUCCGACAAAACUGGCAGUUUGUAUAGUGUGAAAGAUUAGCCCCGCCCCCCAAUGCCAAUGGGCUUCAUUGUGUUUGUCAGGAAAUCUUAUUUCCUUGCAUCAGUGUCAAAGAAAAGAAUUAAUGCUGGCAAUAACUAUUUCCAAGCCAGAAAAGAACCCUCUUAGUGAAUGGCUAGGAAUAUAAUGUGGGUUAAAACUUUUCAAGAUACUUUGCCUUUAAUUUCACUCCAGGCUGCAUUCCUACAUUAAAGGAUGUUACAUGGGAAAUCAUGGCAAUGACCCAGUUUAUUCCUUAUGGGUCUUUGCAAGCUAACUGUCCUUUGCCCUUAAAACUGAGAGUUCUUAUAUGUAAUUAUAUAUAAGUAUAUUUAUAUAAUGCUUUAUGAAUGGAUGAUUUGACUAAAAGCACUCACAUUGCUACCACUUUUUGAGUUCUGCUCCAGAAUACAAAAGCCAGUUCUGAUCUCCAUUCCCUGUCCAGUAGUUGAGUCACAUCAGAGGUGACAUGUUGAGACUGUAAAGUGCUAACUGAUCAUUGCCACAUUGUUCUCAAAGGGGAUUAUUCCUCCACUAUACUGACCUGAGAAAGAGAACUGCAACAAUCAAAGAGAAAGGGAGUGCACUGGUGGUUGUGGGUGAAGGGAAAAUGGUGCUUCUUAAAUGGAGGAUCCUCUGAACCACAAAAUACACAAUUCCUACUUGGCUGUGUAGGGAGAGGGUAGCGGUAGUCUGUAUCAUUUAGUUCUAAAUGCUUUCCUGGGCUUCCAAGGGCUAAUUGAAAUUAUUAACUCUGACACUUGUGUGCAUGAAUCUGUUUGCACCUUCCCAACUGGUGAAUGUCUGAAGAAUCUGAGGUUUAAGAACACCAAGAUUCAGUAUCUAGCAUUUCUCCAUGGGGUAUUCCUUGUCCACUAAAUUGAUUAAGGCUGCAAGUUUGUGUGGCUCUCCCUCAUGUCCCUUUAUGUACAUGGGAGCGAGGGCCUUAGCAGUCCCACUAACUCUUGUGUUAAAUUAUUUUUGGGUGGGGAGGGGGGGGGAAGGAUGCUGAUUGUUCAAAGUAAUUUUCUGAUUGGGUAGUUGGUCCUUUUUGACAUCAUGCACUCUGUUAUGAUUUCCCUGAAUAAUUCUGUACACACUUUACAUUGAAUGGAUGGAGGAGAACUUCUCUUCCCAAACCCCAUUCUUAAUUAAAUGUUGACUUUAGCUGCAAGACAGCCAAAAGCCAUAAAAGCGCCUUUUUAUUUUCUCUCCCUGCUCAGUUGCAAGGAGCUGGACUCUCUUAUACUGGCCAUCUUACAUUAAAAAUCUGAAUUUGGAGUCCUGAACCAGCUUUUAAUUCAGCUUUAAAAAAAUUCAGCUUUAUGUUAAAAGCUGCCCACCCACCUCUCAAGCAGUCUGGUCUGGCAGGGAAGCAACAAUUAUACUUUGAAAAGAAGCCACUCAUGCUUUUUAGUGGUGGAGGUAUGAAAAGAAAAUCUACCUCUUAUCCAGUCUGGCAGUGGUGCUCAGCCCUAGAUUUUUAGCAUAAUGUAAGCUGAAUUGGGAGCCUGCAGUUUGCUCCCAGUUCGUUUUUAGGCAAAUGACAAUUUUAAAAAGAGUCCAGAUGUUGGACAGGGAGGGAGGUGAGGGAUUUCACUUGUCAACUGCCUUUUCCUUCUACUCCAUCCCCUGGCCCAACUGUAUUUUAACUACUGCGUGAUGAAUUUCUAUACACUGUCAUAUUCCUCCAGUGAUCAUUAAACUGCCAUUUAAUCUCCCAAACUUAUUUUCAUGAUUUUAAGCAAGUUGAAAGUAGCCAUUGGCGAGAAACGGAUGAAGAAAGGCAGCUCAGCUCACUGAGUUGGAGAUCUGAAGAGACAAGAUGUCAAAACUCCAGGGAACCUUAAAGGAAGGAAAAUAUAACAAUAAAUAUAUCCAUAACAUACUAUUUUUUCUUGUGCUGUGAACAAUAGUAGAAAGGUAUUUGGUGGAUUAAACCCCAUUCCCCAAAGAAACUGGCUUCUAAUGUUUUUUGGUUUGGGUUUUUUUAAGGACGCUCACAGUGGCAUGGGUCCUUAAUUUUAAGUAUCAGUAGCCGAGGUGGUGAUCACUUAUUGUACCAGUGCACACCCAUUGAGAAUUUUUCCUCUUAGAAAAGCGAGCUAGCUGCCUGACUUACAUACACAGAAGGUUCAAAUAUAUGAAAUACUUCCUCCACUAUGGCUAUUUCCAGUUACAUCAUUUAACACUAUGAGUAAGUCCUGGCAAUUGUGGGCUGAAUAGCUGACUGGUCAUGGACUAAAACAUGAUCUUUGUGCCAGGCCCUCAUAGCUUGUCUCUUCCCAAGAAGCGGUUAGUGCUUGUUCUGGUUGGGUCCUUUAUCUUUCAGUUCUCUGCAUCUCUGCCAAAGUCCCAAGUUCCCCCAUAUACACAUCUGUCUUUUUAAGACCCCCAUUGCAAACAUCAACUACACAGUAUGGCCAAAGCAUUGUAGUUCGGACUCUCAAGAGUCAGUCAUAACUGUAAUCGGCCAGAGAGGCUCCUGUUAAGAGAAAUCUUCUCUCCUCAGUCUGAACCUUAAUGCAUUGCCUCUGACAGUCCUAGUCUUUGAAGGCUAGAGGAGUGAGACUGGGAAUCUAACCUGGGAUCUACAUAGAACAAAGCAUUGACUGGCAGGAAUGUAAGCUGGCCUGGUCAGAGGUUUUUUUGUAUUGCCACAGAAGGUGCCGUGUAAACAAAAACUUUGUCAAAUUGUUUCAUGACACUGAGGCUGAGAUGCACAUUACUUUGGAGUGGGCUGGGGAAAGGUCUCAUAUUGCAAGGGAAGGUGGUGAUCUAAAGGGCUAGCAAAACAAAUGUUUGGAAGUGGACUUGAUGUGUAGCUUGAUGCAGGACCCUUAACCUAAAUGACUGGGUUGUUUGGUCUCACUAAUGAGUGCUACUUUGUUGGGUUGGUCAUGAGGAGUACUAGGGAAUAGAGGUGUGUUUAUAGAAUGGGAGUCUGUAUCUUAGGCAGAUAUGGGAGGGAAGAGCCAUCUCCAUUCUCUCAGGUUAAUAAUAUUUCAAACUCUUAUGUUUUGAGUUGUAGUUCCUUUUUUUUUAAAAAAGGAGCAAUUUGCCCCACAUGUUCCAUUUGUUUUGUUUUGCUCUCCAACUCUGUUAAUGCCUUGAAAAUUAAUCAUGAGUAUUGCAGUUAAUCGUGACUAGGAGUUGACGUGUACAGUAGCUUCAUAAACAUCAGUUCAAGAGAACAUUGAUUUAAAGGAUGAUGAUAUUGGUUAAUCCCUACUGAGGAGGAAUUUGAGAUGCGUGACUCCCAGGAUACUGGGAGCUUUGGCCCUCUUAUAGUCGUCUCCUCCACUCCCGUGUAGAGCGAGCGAUCACCGCUGUGCUAGGUUUCCAGACACAGCAUAUAGUAAAGCAAGCUGACCGAAAGCUUCAACCUUGCAACACACUUUGCCCAGAGGCAGUGAGGGCCUGAGCAUAAGCCACUGGGAGUUUUUCCACUGGCUUCAGUGAGCUUUGAAUUAGGACCUAAAAGAUUGGUAUUGUACACUCACAUCCUAAGCUUUGCGUCUGGAAGCACAUUGCACUCCCUGGUAAAUCACCAAACGUGCUCGUUCUCUUUCUUUUUGAAAUUGUCUAAUAGCCUUGUAAUUACAGGCUUUUACAGUCUUAUUUUGAAAGUGUUAUUAAAUUAUAGUGACAUAAUAUAGUGUUACAAAGGGUGUCAGAGUUAUCGGGAGUUGUUUAAACAGCAUUUCCUUAGCUGUGCUACAUCAAAGCUUUUCAAAAAGAACCAAAUCUGCUAGUCUGUUAGUACAGUAGAGUGAAAAACUUUGGGGAGUGAGGGAUGGAAUCCAUUGCUAACCAGUGUGGAUAGUUGACUAGAAAUUUAGGUGCCUGUAAUUUGUUAGUAUUGUAAAUACACUCAAUUGCAUAUAAUUCUGCCUUUUUCAUCUGAGAUACAGUAAUGCAUACAAACUUCUACUUCUGCUAUCAUGGUUUAUGCAGUUGCUAGAAACCAUUUGAUGAAAUACAGCUUUGCCUCAGACACUGGUGCACAAUUUUAAAAACUAGCGAUGUAACGAAACCCUCACUGUCUUUCUGUUUCAGUAGACUUACCCACAUAGUUGUGCAGACUGCAGUUAAAAUGGGAUUUAUAGACUGAAAGGAACAACUCAUCUCAAUGUUCCAUAUUCUCCUUGUUACUUCCCCAUAAUAUUUAUGCAUUUUACAGAAGUUUGAAUGAGCUACAUAACUGACAGCACUAAGUACUCAGUCUGCUCAGAAUACAGCUUUGUUUUAAGAGUAUAAUUGACAUCCUGAAAUCUUAAUUUUUUUUUU